CUUCAAGUUUCAGGGCUUGCAAUGCGCAAUGCAGCUCUGCCUAGCUAGAACAUUUGUGGACUUUGAGGGGAGCACCAAGUGCGCUAUCCGUUUGUGCUGACAUCUGUGAACUGCAACUCCUUGAACGGAGGGGUUUGCCUGUCUCCUAUUGUGGUUACGUGGAUCUGACCAAGGGCAAUCAAGUACACGUGGCUCCAAGGAACAUCUUUGCUAGACGGCGUGGAAAGAAGCGCCUAGAUCACGAGUUGAAAAAGUAAGGAUUGUGAGAAGCACAAACGAAGCAAUGGCGGGGUCCUCUUCAGAAGAGCGGGGGUUCGAAGCGGCGCUGGAGGCCAUCUCUUCGCUGAUCACAAGGAGGAAGCGGGCCGAUGGAUCCAACUGGGGCGACGCAUUCGCUUUAAUGGACACUUACAUCAAGAUCCUAGACCUAGAGGAGCCCCUCAGCAGGCUAAGCGUCAUACAUGUAGCGGGAACGAAGGGGAAGGGAUCCACAUGCGCCUUCGCCGAGAGUAUAUUGCGUCACUCCGGCAACAAGACGGGCAUGUUCACAUCCCCGCAUUUGGUGGACGUCAGAGAGAGGUUCCGGAUUCGGGGUGAGCUGGUGCCCAAGGACGUCUUUCUGGAACACUUUUGGUGGUGCUGGGACCGUUUCCAGGCGGCGGCGACCCCCGACGUGCCCCUCCCCGCCUAUUUUCGCUUCCUCACCCUGCUCGCGCUUCGCAUAUUCAUUGCGGAAAAGGUAGACGUUGCUCUUCUCGAGGUGGGCAUUGGAGGCCGAUACGACGCCACUAACGUCGUUAGAGCGCCCGUGGUCUGCGGAGUCGCCUCCUUGGGUUAUGACCAUACGGAGUUGCUAGGCGACACGCUGCCGUUGAUCGCUGCCGAAAAGGCGGGUAUCUUCAAGCCACGUGUCCCCGCCAUCACCGCCCCCCAGCCAGACGAUGCGAUGGAAGCUUUGCAGAAGCGGGCCGACGAGUUGCAGAUUUCUCUAGACGUUGCGCCGCCUUUGGAGAGCCUUGAAGACCCCUCGGCUAUUUCGCUCGGCCUCGCCGGCGACCACCAGCGCAUCAACGCAGCUUUGGCGGUCGCCCUGUGUCGAGCCUGGACCGAGCGGGCGGGACCGACGGCGCAGCUGGACAACUUGAGACAGGCGAUGCAACGAAAACGACUCCCCGACUCCUUCCGACGGGGCCUCGCCUCGGUGGAGUGGCCCGGGCGCGCUCAGAUCAUGCCCGACACGGAAAUUCAGGCGCCGGGUGAAUCCCCCCAGGGCUCCCUCAUGUUCUACUUAGACGGCGCCCAUACCCCCGAGAGCAUGGAGGUCUGUGCCACGUGGUUCUGCGAAAGUGUUGCCGGGGGUGCGGAAACAGCGGAGACCUCUGAGGGGGGACAGAAAGUCGGUCAUCAGGACCCCCCGGAAGGAAGUGGGGAGGCGGCUGAGCGACCGGGUUUGCAAAACGGACUUGGGUUAGCCGCGGACUUGGAGCGGGUUAACGGGGAAGAGAGAGAUGGGCGGACGGAUCGGACGGGGUUAGGUUCGGAGGGCUUGAACGUUCGAAGGGUGCUGUUGUUCAACUGCAUGCAGGAGCGAGAGCCCGUCAAGCUGCUGGACCCCCUCAUACGAAUAGCGCACGGCAAAGGAGUUUCUUUCCACCGUGCCAUUUUCGUCCCCAGCUUCUCCAGCUCCACCUCCAUAACCACCCUCAGUUCCACCCCCGACUUAACCUGGCAGCAAACCCAGCUCCAAACCUGGACGUCCAUCCUCCACAAACUGGGCCCCACCCUUAACCGCAAGCCUAACCCGGUUCCUCCCACCGCUCCGGCUGGCGCGGCGGAGCAACCAGACCGAAACGGGUCUCAUGUUGCUAGUGCGAGGGAUGGUGACGUCAGCUGGGACGGGUCCGGGUUCGUGAUGCCGUCGCUGCCGGCGGCGCUCGAAUGGCUCCGGAAGGCCGCUCGGGAGCAGCCCCCGGGCAGAUUGCAGGUCCUAGUGUCGGGUUCACUCCAUCUUGUGGGCGACGUAUUGCGGCUGCUGAAGCACUAAGAGCAGUCUCGUGCAAACUCAAUGUGCCAGAGUUUUCAAAACAGCCGUGUUUCUUGAAGCGGGUUGGAUGGCUUUGUCGGACUUUCCUUGUACAAGGGCAUGCAACUGUUGAGCUAGCCACUCGAGGUCGCUCGCUGCAAACAAGUUCAGAGAGUUUCAUGUCGCUUUGGCGGCUUCCUUUGCAAGUGAGAGUCUCGAGGGAUUCAUUAGCAUGUGAGCCUUGCAGAUUGUAACGUGCAUUUUGCAGUAUGCCCGGUAAAGUUGAUGAUUGUUGGGCUAGAAUCCGAUUGGAUGGACCCUGAUGGAGCUCUAGAAUACUUUUCAGACACGGCUACGUAUAUACAAU